UGCCAUGGCAGUUGGAAAAUGAUUUUACCCCCACCCAAGUGUCUAGUUGGUGUCGUUUCAGCCGACCUCAUUAAAGCACGGCGACUGCGGAAAAGACGGAUCGAUUUACUGUUCUGAAACCUGCUGGGCUCUCAAUGCGCAGGAAUGUCCUCAACUCGAAGUUCCGACUGCCGAGGUCCUCAGUUUGAGCAACUAGUUGCUCAUUUUUCAUUCUCUACUCAACGUCUCAGCAUUGUCAAUGAGGUCCUUGUAUCGAUUUCGAACCGGGAGUUAAUGCAGGCAAUGCUCGGCGGCGAGCAGUGAGAAUAACACGCAAGCACGUACGACAUAUCGCCCUUUGCAGGUAGCCAUUCAUGCACAACAAUGUCCUCGACACUAUCUGAUUGUCAAUCUUAGGCUGUAAACUGGUCUUGCUGAUCAUCCAGGAACAGUGCUUGUGUUUAUUUUGUUCGAGAGCAAGAAUCUGUUUUCGAAUACUUCAUUGGUCUAUUCGAGAGAUUUGUGCAGAUUUGCCGGAACUCGGCAUUCAGGCACCCUAUGUCUUGAUAAUAGUAUACACGGUAUACAGAUACAGUCGAUAGCUUUUGACGUUGCGUGAUCGUUUCGACAUGUUCACUGUUAUUUUCAACAAGCCCACGUUUUAUACAUUCUUAUCCGUCCGGCUUCCGGGCACUGUCGUGCAUUCGAGGAUCAAACUGUUCCAUGUAGUUGUGAGCACUGAAGGAUAUCGGCAGGCUGACAAUACCACGUCUAGAUAUCACAGACCGAGUCAACUUUGACACAUACCAGUGACUCGGCCGAACAUACUUUACGCAUACUCUACAUGUCCAAGAAUCCAACAUGUUUUCUCAUGCAUCAGAAGUGCGAUCCGAAGCCCGAGAGAUUCUUAACUAGAUGUCAGAGAGAUGAUCUGGACCUUGACAUGGAAGUAUGUGCCACAUACGAACACCGAAAUCUUCAAAAGCAAUCCAUAGCAAGAUUUGGCGCCGCUCAGUAUAUAAUUAUAUUAUUAAAGCCGACUUUGAAUCCGAAUCUCAUGUGCUGCCGUUGAGGAUGCAGACAUCACCUCUUCGAUAAAAAUAAACUGCGUUGUGAGAAUUGCUGGUCUGUAUGCGGCUUCAUCAGGAUCUUAUAGCAAAUCCGGCCCAAUUAAUAUAAGAAUUAUGCUUAUAAUGUACUUCCGGUAGAGAAAUCCCCAAGAAAAGCUCUUUCACUUAUCUUAGUAUCCCAUUGUUGUCGAUCGAAGCAUAACUGUCAAGUGACAUCCACUCUUCCUCCGAGAACUCGUCAGUUUCCAAAAUAUGCCAUUUGGACCACCAACCCGUAUUCGAGAACGCUGAAUCUCAAAAUCUGCUCUUGGUGAGGAGCUCCAAGUUCGAGAACUUGAGGACGCUGACCAGCCUGAGGUGAAAAAUGUUGGGAACGAGGAUUGCGAUCCCUCAGCAGCAGGAGCGAGAAGCAUCUGCACAGGGCUUGGACGGAACACAUGGGCAGGUCAGGCAGCAGGCACCGAGUAGUCCAAUUCAGGAACUUCCUGCAGAGAGUAGAGCACAUGAGUCGAGUUCGAACUCUGAUAUGUGUCCACCACCCUUCUCCACUUCCAAGUCACCAAGCAUGACCGCUAAGGAGCAGGUGGCGCUGGCAGAUGCAGAAGCAAUACAGUUAGAUGCACAGAGGAGAGAAGCAGCGCUUGUGAAAUACAAAAAGCUCCGAGAGGAAUUCUUUCCGGAGGUGGAUGACAUUUCGGGCGAAGAGCUGCUUGAGUUCGUGCAGAAGAAUGCAAUUGGAGAUAGCGUUAUAUUAGUUGAUUGCCGCUCAGAAGCAGAGCGCCAUGUGUCGGUCUACAAAGGAGCAGUGACGAUCUCGGAGUUCGAAGCCAACAUUGAAAGUUUCAAAGAAAAGCUAAUUGUUGCUUACUGUGCUAUUGGCAGGAGAUCUGGCAUGUUCUUGAAAAAGUUGUUAGAACAAUAUCCAGGAAUAAAAGUUCGAAAUCAUGCCGGCAGUGUGGUCGAUUGGGCUCAUGUCGGGGGCCCUUUUGUGGAUCAGACAACUGGAACUCCUACCAACAGGGUUCAUCCGAAUGGUACCUGGCUUCCUUACCUACCUAUGACAAGAAACCUUCAGGUUGUGAGCUGAAGAGAAUGCGGUUGCGACGACUCCGAUUAUGACGACUCUGGACAAGGAUUUGCUACGUGCCUUCAGUUGCACCACUGUCAGUAGUUUGUGACAGGUGUUAUUCACUCUUCACGAGCUCUCAGAGUGAAGUCGAUGAUGGCACCUGUCGACUUGUGAUUUUGCACAUCUCAGCGGAUUGCUGAAUUGUGAUAGGGACAUCGUAUCUAACCUCAGUACUUAAAGCGCUAUAAACCUGUAUUUACUUAUAUGUAGUAGGACAUUCCCGAGCUCUGUGAAGGCAAGAGAGGAGUCAAGUAGUAGCCAAAAAAAAUUUAAUUAGCAGCGAAAGCGAAGUGGUUAAAAGGAAGGAAUUAACCUUGUAUAUGUGACGUCUAUCAGUCUGACGACAAGUGG